UUUCCAGUGAGGGGUGCAAUAUUUGGAGCUCUAUACAUUGUUUUGGGGACGCGAGUUUGGUUUUUCCCGAACAUUCUCGCCGAGGAAGCCACUUUGAGAGAAUUGUUCCGUUUCUGGCCCAAGAAAGAUGAGGAGGAGCGACCAAAGUGGACAACAAGAGUUUUCUAUGCGGCAGUUGGAGUGCUGGUCAUAUUGCUACUGAGGCAUCAUGCUCCUGAUGAAGCUGCUAGAGCCAGGUAUCAGAAACGUGUAUCAAACAUAAUUGAUGAUGUUCUUGAGUGGUCUCCAAGAUUGGCGCUCUCUGGGAUGAUGGAGAAUCUGCAACCAGUAGUUAAUGCGACAGAGGCAAGCAAUGCAACUGAGGAAGGUGUGACACCACCUGAUGGCAUGGGUGCAGAAACUAUCACAGAGCAGCAUGAGGCAGAAGUUAGUGAAAAUCUAGAGAACAGUGAUGAAAACCUAGACAAUAGUGAGGAAAACCUAGACAAUAGCGGUGAACAAAAACAUGAUAUAUGAUUAUAAAUUAUGCAAUACCUAAAGAACACAUCGCAUUCUCUUUACCCUUUGCCUUUAAAUUCGAGUGUAAAACAAUGUAUCAGACAAUAAAGCAGUUAGUUACAAAAUUGUGCUCUUUUUGUCGGAUUUAUGAAGGUCCAUUAAGAAUCUGUGUGAGAAAAUUUUAUAAAGUUUAGUAGUUGACUCCUUAAGUGGGGAUU